CUUCCCGCUUUCUUUGACGUAAAAGGGUAUUACGAAUUCCAGGGACCGGGUUCCGAUAUAGCUCUUGGUGUUGUUUAUUUAUAUACUUAUAUCCUGGCCGACGAGCCUGCGAUUUAUAGGAAGAGCUUUAAGUGAGACAACUACUACAAGUUGAAGAUUAGUUGCUGGCUGGCUGGUUGAUUGGUAGCUUGGGACGUGCGACUCAGACACGUCCUAAACGGCGUCUUUAAGAAGAAGGCAGAGAUAUAACUUAUAAGAGCAAGGAAAAGGAGAAUAUCUCGCCCUAUCUCUCCUGCCUGUUGCUCACUUGCAACGAUGGGGGGCAUCACAGUUGUCGCAAGCGGCAAUGGCGAAGUUACUACAUAUCCCGAGUCAAGAGUGCUCAUCAUCAUCACCGGAGGCACGAUAUGCAUGCAGCCAUCGGCGAGCGGCCUCGUGCCCGUCGAUGGAUUUUUAGAUAAUGCUAUGGCGCCGCGUCUAUCGUUCAACGAUAUGUCAGAAAGAGUCCCGUUACCCGCGGUUAAAGAUGGGGUUAAGGUUACCAUCGAUAGCUUGCGCACACCGCCGAGUUCAUACUCGAGACAUAUCCGCUAUGGCGCUCUCGAAUUCUCACCGCUGCUAGACUCUUCCAGUAUAAGCAGCAUCGGCUGGACCCAGAUCGCUACGACUAUCAAAGCCAAUUAUCACUUAUUCGAUGGUUUUGUGGUACUCCAUGGAACUGACUCUCUGUCUUAUACGGCUUCGGCUUUGUCUUUUAUGAUGGAAGAUCUAGGUAAACCGGCAAUCUUGACCGGGUCUCAAGCACCCAUCUUUGCACUCCAGUCAGACGCUGUCGAUAAUUUACUCGGCUCCCUCAUCAUAGCCGGCACCUUCACAAUCCCCGAGGUGUGCUUAUUCUUCCACCACACACUGUUCCGCGGAAAUCGCACGACCAAGGUUUCCGCAUCCUCGUUCGAUGCUUUCGCUAGUCCCAACUGCGCGCCUCUAGCCAAGGUUACCAGCCUCGGUGUCGACGUGAACUGGUCGCUCGUACGGCGGCCGACUAAGAUAGCACAGUUCCGCGUCACGUCGUACGUGGACACCGCACAUGUAGCUUGCGUGCGCAUCUUCCCGGGCAUCAAGCCUGAGAUGGUGGACUCGGUGCUUCGUGUGCCGCACCUACGCGGGUUGAUCCUCGAAACAUUCGGGAUGGGUAAUGCACCCGAAGGCGUUGACGGUAGUCUGACUAAAGUAAUUUCCGAAGCCGUCCAACGCGGCAUCAUCAUUGUUAACGUCAGCCAAUGCGCAAACGGCUUCGUAUCGCCGCUGUACGCACCUGGGUUCGCGCUCGGUCGUGCCGGUGUAGUCUUUGGCCACGAUCUUACUUCUGAAGCCGCACUCACUAAGCUCUCGUACCUCCUCGCGCUACUUCCCGGACCUGACGGCGAGGGAGAUAACGCAGCAGAGAUCACAGCGCGCAUGAGCCGGUCGAUCCGCGGCGAACUCACCGAACUCGCCGCAACGACGUCCUUCGCACACCCAUCAGGCGACCUGGAUACCUCGUGGGCGGAGCGUCUGACCGGAGCAGAGGCGGCGUUCGCGGCACUGGGAUAUACAAUCGCGACGGGAAAUCUACAGGCUACUAUCGAGAUCCUGGAAGCCGCAGACCGCGACGAGGGCGAGGGUCCGAUGGUGCUACUGCGGCAUGCAGAUUACAUGGGUAACACCGCGGUGCAUCUCGCAGCACUGGGACCGGAACCGGCGAUACUAGAGGAAUUGCUGGUCAGGGGGGCGAGCGUGCACCCGCGUAACCGCGCGAAUAACACGCCGAUGUUUCUGGCGCAGAGGGCUAAGAGCGAGGAGUGUAUAAGGCUAUUGAGGGAGGCCGGAGGGAUGUUAUGGGAAGAGGAAAAGGGGGUAGACGGGGUUGAGAAAGGGGGCGUGGUGGCUUGAUCUUAGCAUGGCUUCAGUCGCGGUAGUUUACUGUUUCGUUGUUACUAUUAGGUUGAGUAAGAUGAUGCGUGUUAGAUAGAUACUCGGUAAUACAGUAUGGGGGAUAUGGUAUAUGGUAUAUGGUAUAUGGUAUAUGGUAUACUAGGCGCGAUAGAAAGGAUAGAUUGGGUCGGGUUACUAUAUCAUAUACAAGUUAGGCGCGUGGUAUUGACAGUGUUCAUUUAGCACUCAGGGGGUCGGCACCUUAUGUGCGGCGAUGGGAUUAUUUAUAAAAGUUAUUUGCCUAACC